AAAAAAAUGCCCGGGAAAUUAUGUAAAGAAAAAAAAAAAAGCGGGAAUCAAUUGAGACAUUUUGCUCUGAUCUUGCACUCGUCAACAUGCCUGCAACCUCUGAGAUGCACGCCGGAGAAAGGCCGCGGGAGGAGACGCCAGCCGCGGCGGAGGCGGCGGGGAAGGAGAAGGGGGUCGGCUUUCUGUGCGACGAACGCGGGUACCUGAACUUAGUGGAGUACAUCAUGGAGAACGGUCGCAAGAAGGGGGACCGAACCGGAACAGGAGUCCUGUCUGUGUUCGGAGCUCAAGUCAGAUACAACCUGCGAGACAAGUUCCCCUUGCUGACAACCAAGAGAGUUUUCUGGAAAGGCAUCCUGGAGGAGUUACUGUGGUUUAUUAAGGGAUCAACAAAUGCCAAGGAGCUGUCAGAGAAAGGCGUGAAGAUCUGGGAUGCCAACGGGUCCCGCGCCUUCCUGGACAACCUGGGCUUCACAGAGAGAGAGGAGGGGGACCUGGGACCUGUGUACGGCUUCCAGUGGAGGCACUUUGGCGCAGAGUAUAAAGACAUUCACACAGAUUACUCUGGACAAGGCGUGGACCAGCUGCAGAACGUCAUCGACACCAUCAGGAAAAACCCAGAGGACCGGCGGAUCAUCAUGUGUGCCUGGAACCCCAAAGACCUCCCGCUCAUGGCCCUGCCCCCCUGCCACGCCCUCUGCCAGUUCUACGUCUGCGAUGGGGAGCUGUCCUGUCAGCUGUACCAGCGCUCCGCCGACAUGGGUCUGGGGGUGCCUUUUAAUAUCGCCAGCUAUGCCCUUCUCACCUACAUGAUCGCACACAUUACAGGACUCCAGCCCGGUGACUUUGUCCACACCCUGGGGGACGCCCACGUCUACGUCAACCACGUCGACCCUCUGAAGGAGCAGCUUCAGAGGGAGAUUCGGCCUUUUCCGAAGCUGAAAAUCAAGAGGAAAGUGGAAAGCAUCGAUGACUUCCAGUCGGAGGACUUUGAGAUCUGUGACUACAACCCACACCCCAGCAUAAAGAUGCAGAUGGCCGUGUGAAACCUGAAACGACAGAUUUGUUUUUCCCAGCUUCGGUUGUCCUGUUUGCCUUUUUCAGUCAACCUGUGGGUUCACGUGAGACUUUGUUUCACAUCUUUUGGGUCAAAACUGCUUUAUCUGUUGCAAAAAGCAUUUUUCCUCUCUUUAUUUGCACUUGACUGUCUUUCUUCUCUGUAUUUUGACUGUUAAAUUAUCAAAUUCUAUAAAUAAAGAACUUUGUGAUCAACCUGA